UAAAAUAAACGAGCUGCCACAAGUCUCUAUAAUCACACAACAUUAUCAUCAUGGAGAGAGACAUGUUCCAGCGCUAUCUGAAAGAGCUAGCUGAGCAACUUGGCCCCUCCGACCUCCUAGAGCUGCCCGGCAUAUUGAUUAGACGCGGACUCCUUCCCAAUCAUCAUAUCUCGGUAACAGGAAAGGGUCCCUCCAUAUCAGAGCUUGUAACUUCAUUUGAGGUCCUUUUCCUCUACCUUUCCGAGCAAUCACUCAUCUCCUGUCAUGAUAUAACUCUUUUAAAGGACAUACUAGACGAUUUAUCCAAGCCAUAUCUUCUCUAUCCUUUCUAUGAAGCAUGCAUUGGGAAAAGACAAUUGUCAUCCAAUGGAAGCAGCAUCACAGCCAUAAGCAAUGUAGCACCCAGUAAGAAAAAAACUCAGGAAGAUUUUGCUCUACUCCUCCUACAAAUCGGAAACCGACUGUCAUCAGAAAAUGUCCGAACCCUAUGCUACCUUCUCCAGGACCUCCUGUCUCGUUUCAAAGCAGCUAUAAUUCAAGACGGAGUCGAGGUAUUACAAUACGUGAAGCAAAGGCACUUCAUCACUCCAGCCCAGCCAUGCUUCCUUUUAACUCUUCUCAGAGACAUCGACAGGGAGGACCUGUGUCACAUUGUCGAGGAAUACAAAAUGACUUACUUGGAUCAAACAACUCCCCCUCUUCACUCAAGCACCGAGACCAUCGACAUCAGGUCACCUCAAGCUUGCUGCUCUUUCUUCUCUGCCAGAGCUUACUUCAAGAGCAAGAAACAAGAGGACGAGGGUAAUAGUUACACGUGGACCAGAAGAGAAUAUCGUUUUAGGCUCGCCAUAAAGAAGCUAGCUGACAAGCUUUGUCCUCGGGACCUUGCAAGCAUGAAGCUUUUAGCUCAAAGCUUCAUACCUCCAGCUGAAUUGGACAAGAUUGAAACAAUAAUAGAUUUAUUUUGGCUACUGGAAGAUCAUGGGAGGCUCUCGAUAGAUAACCUGUAUAUACUAGAGGAGCUUCUAGACGAGAAAAACCAUCUACUUAAUUCAAUUUAUUUGGAGCUAUCGUCUGGUUCUUCACAGCCUAGCAGUCGGGAAAACUCGCUCACCAGAAGAAAGAAACACAAAGUGGUUCCUAGAGACGAAACCAAAUCCGAGACAAAGAUUGAGAACUCUUUUCAAAAGAUGCUCAAAUGCAUUGGCUCUGGUCUCACCCAAAAAGAAACAAAACACUUGAAAGUAUUGGAUACAGCCCACGAGGAGACUAGCAUUAAAACGGGGAUCGAGCUAAUGUACCACUGGAAGAAAGUCAGGGUAAUCACAGAGAGAAAUCUCGACCUCCUACGAAAAGGCUUAUACGCUAUAGGAAGACAGGACCUGUGCCAACACAUCAGUGAGUACCACUCAGCUGUCCAGUUAGCAGAACCUAAUCCUUGUCUACCUAUAGAAGAAACUGUAACUGAUGGUUCUCACAACGUCACACAGACCUGCCAAAAGGAAAGAGAGAACUCACCAAUAGCUGGCCUCCAAUGCACAGAGAAUUACAAAGAAACAGAUAUGAAGGUUGACUUCACGAAAGAAGAGCUGACCAUUCAGCUCCAAAAAAAGGAUAGACUGAUAGAGAUACUCAAGGAGAAGCUAGGAGAGCAGGAGACUGCCUUACAACAGAAAGACCAUGACAAUAAGCAGUUGGAGCAUCAGAAUCACAGGCUGCUACUACACAACCACGAACUGACUGUAGAAGUUGCAAAACUUGAGAAGCAACUCGAUACCAAUCUGCUAGCUACAAAUGCAUCAAAGAACGGGAUAUUCCUUAGCACACCAGUCUGACCAUAGAUAUAUCUAUGUUUUAACAUUCAAUAUGCAUAACUCUAUUACAAUUUACACUCAAUUUCUUUCCUGUCAUUAUUAUUGUUAUUUAAUUUUUAAAAAUACUUCUAUUGUAAA